AUGCCGCGAGCCCAGACAUCACAAAAUGUGACGUGUAACACAACACCAGCACAGCAGGUACAGCACUUUGACAGUGGAAGAGAAAUGGUGAAGGCAAUGAGGCAAGUGGUUACCUCGCCAAAAGUCGAAUACCUCAAGUUUGAUGGAAACCCACUCAGAUAUGUGUCAUUUAUUCACAACUUCGAAACUUAUUUGGAACAGGACAACCCUGACGACUCUAGGCGUCUCCAACUACUGAUCCAGCACUGCACUGGAAAGGCAAGAGAAGCGGUCGAGAACUGUGAGAAUUUAUCAGUUUCUGAUGGUUAUCGAGUGGCGAAAGAAACAUUACGCGAGAACUUCGGGAAACCGCACGUAAUUGCAGAUGCGCAAAUUAAGAAACUGCUACGUUUACCUAGGCUGAAGAAUGUGGAUGGAUCUUCCUUAUUAGAAUUUAGUAGACACUUAGACACUGCUGAUCGAACCUUGACUGGAAUGGGAACUGAAUAUGUAGCUGACCUUUAUCACAUGAACACUUUGAGAGAGCUAACCAAAAAGUUGCCAAUGUUCCUCCGAGCAUAA